AUGAAACACGGGCUUCUGAGGUUGGGUGAGCUUAUGCCAGUGGAACAGCAAAGCGAAGGGCAACGGUCGUUUGUUGAGUACGUCAGCGAUCGGAAACGCAACGUAUUCUCUCAUUGUGACGGAGGGCAGCUGAUGUAUAACUUUCUCGUCGAGGGCAAGGCGUUGCUUUGGAGCGCCCAUCUGGGCGGCUAUGAGGGUAUCCUAAAAGAUUUGAAACCCAAACCAGAUGUGGCCAUUUUGGGAAUCGCCGGCCGGGCAAACCUCAAUGGAAAACCCUUCGAUGGAUCCGCAGCUGAGUUUGCAUUACAGGAGAUACAAUGGCUCGGGAGCCCCUCUCAAGUGAUAUGGUGCUUGCAUGAUGAAAGGCUGACUCUCCAUAGCUGCAUUCCACCAUACAGAAUCGACACCCUGGCUGCCACGGCCGCAGUCGAGAAGGAAACGGCGUCAAAGGUCUUGCAUCUAACACAUGCCGAGGUCUAUAGGUUGGACCUGUAG